GGCGGGACACAGCUGGUCCGGUUCCUGUGCGUGCCGAAUUUGGCAGUCCUGUACACGAGCGGGGCACGGCCUGUCUCUUAUACACAUCUAGAUGUGUAUAAGAGACAGCGCUAUGGAUGAGCGGUUCCGUGCACGGGCGGGACACAGCUGGUCCGGUUCCUGUGCGUGCCGAAUUUGGCAGUCCUGUACACGAGCGGGGCACGGCAGGUCCGAUUCCUGUCGAUUACGCUAUGGAUGAGCCACGUGUCGAGGCAUUAGAAGACCUUGCAUGCUUGCAUCAUUUUCUGGACUUCAGAGACUCCACGGACGUCGGAGGUGGUUCUUCUCGGGCAGCUGAAUUUCCGUCGACUGGACCGUCCACAAGGACAGGGACAUCGCCCACGCAGCCGGAAAAGGAAAAGCAAAAACAGAGCCACAGCGGGAGCCAAUUCCAGGCGACGAGGCAUUUCACGCAGACGAACUACUGCAAGGACGUCAGCGAUGAGGCUUUGUACGAGAUCGCGCGACGGAGUCAACAGAAGUUCGUGAGUGAUCAAAUGGAGAGGGUUGCCAGGUACGCGGCGGAGCGCGGAGUCGAUGUGCCUAGCACGGGUGGUGUGAGGGGAGGAGAGGUGGGGCGGCAGCCCGUGGAGGGAGCGUUAGGAGGGGUCGGGGAAGAUGGUGGAGGUGGAGACACGGAGGAGGGCGCGAUCGACGUCGAUCGUGAGGCGCGUGUCCCAGGCGAGCAGGGAGUCCCGGGACACGAGGACGUGCCUGAGGUUUAUCCAGGCACUGGGGAGAGGAUGGAGGAUUUUUUGAGGCGAGCAGCCAGGGGACUUGUAGGGGAGGGUUCUUCCAAGAGGAAGGAAGGUGGAACAGAUCCGGCCGCCGCCCCAGGUGGGAAGAGGCUUCGCCAGCAGAAGGUCACUGACGUCUACGGUGGCGACCACAGCGAGAUUGCGAGUAUGCAGGCGGUGGAGACCCACCGUGAGGAGCUGGCAGAGGAGUUGGAGGAGACUACUCCACAGAGGCGGGGCAGUCCGACAACUGAGUUACAAUCACCUUCUCCGGGGGUCUUGCAGGAGGGGGGGGGACCGUUGGCAACAACAGUGGAGGGGGAGAUGGCAGUGGAGGGGGGAUUGGCAGACACGACGAUUGCAGGUGUGGUGGACCAGAUAGCUGUAGCAGCAGCGGCUUCAUUGCUAGAGGAGAUGGCAGCUUCAGUGUUGGCAGAAGACGCACCAGCGCCAGGGGGAGCAGAUGCAGUGGAGGGGCAGGCGGGAGUAGCUGGAGGAGCAGCGGGGGGAGCAGCUGGAGGAGCAGCUGGAGGAGCAGCUGCACUCGAUGGGCUUGUGGCUGCAGCAGUAGGAGCAGCUGGAGGAGCAGAUGCAGUGGAGGGGGGAAUGCCAGGAGCAAUGGGGAGCCACCUGGACUUAGACUUGUCGAUGGGCCUUCCACCUAGUUGCGGCGGGGCAACAUCGACGGAUCGCGCUCCAUCGAGGGACGAUGCCGCUAGAGAGAGUCUCACGCAGCCCCAGAGAGUGACGACGACUGGGUCUCCGGAUGCGGCACGUGACAUCCUAGAGCGAGAGAGGGCUCGACUUAUGGCAUCGACUAACCCUUGUGCUCAGGCAUUCGCACGGGCGUUGGAGGACGCGAGGCGUCGAGAGACAAGGGGGAUUGUGUGGAGGGUGGGGUCACUGGGGUGGUUGCGGGGGAGGAUGUUGAGGAGGGGGUGGCAGCCGAGGCAGGGGUGGGGUGGUGGCGGGGUGGCGGGGGAGGACGUUGUGGAGAGAGUGGUAGCAUGGGCGGACGCUAAGGCUGUGCAGGGUGGGCGAGAGGCAGCGAAUGUUCAUGUGAAGGGCUUGCAACAGGCGGUGGAUGAGGCUGUGCAGGAAGGACGGCGGCGAGACGAGGGUGUGUGUGACGCACGAUGUGUGGUCCGGGAGACAACGACGGGUCUAGUCGUUCCGUUCUCGGGCCUGCACUUGGCUCAGGGCCGACAGUCGCAGCCGGUGCCGGUGGCAGUGCAUGGUGUGCCGCCGCCCAUUAUCACAGAUUUGGGGUCCGAGCCGGUGGUUGCGCCACCGCAUCUUCCUAGUCACUUUGCUCCGCAAAAGGUCCGCCGUCCUUUGGAUGCAGACGAGUUGGCGAGAGAGGCUGUCCGCGAUGUGACUCGCCUGGACUGGCGGGACUUUGACCAGAGGCUAGAGCAUCCACCAUGGCAGGCGAUCCCUCCAGUUCCAUGGGGUCCUGUGUCGCCGGUGUGGUCUGGGUCUACCUCCACCGGAGCACGUACGGCGGGAGAUGUUCCAGGGGUUUCAGGUGGCGUCGUGGAGAAGGCGCCACGUACACGAGACAUGGCACCCCCUCCUCCUAGACCACCUGUAGCUGAUCCGUCAUCGUCGCCCACAGGCAGAGGCUCUCGAUCUCCACACACGCCUGGGAGGUCUAGGAUUCGGGACACUAAAGCCGUUGUGGGGGACGUGAGUAACACAACAUUGUUCGGGAGGAUAGACAU